AUGUCAGUCACAACAGCUCAAGCAAGAUUAUCAAUGAUCCAAUCCCAUGUUAAACUCCGAACUCCGGAGGAAUUACAACCAGAGUUCCCACUCUUACCAAAGAGUGAACGAGCCAAGUAUAAUGGACAGUCAUACUAUAGAACUAGUCGAAGAAGGACGGAUGAAAUAGUUGAAACAUUGGUGAAGAUGUCGGAGCCGAGAAAGGUCGCAGCUGCUAGAAAUAAGUACAGAUAUAUACCUCGCGGCAUUUCCAAGCUGGUGCAUAAUACGCCGGUUGGCAAGAUGGUUGUCUUUUGCGGGUUUGAAGAAGUGAUCGAAGGACUCAUUGACGAGGAUGUGGGAAAUGGGACUAGGAUAUUAUGUCUAAAUGGCGAUUCAGAAGAUACAAAACUUGAGAGUCUAGAGAAGUAUGACGUGAUUUAUAGAAGGUUGACAGGGAUCGAUGAACAUGACUUCACUGACCUGACAUAUAAUAUCAUAGUUUUGAAUGAGUUGGGCACGAUGGAGGAGUUGCCCGAAGAAGAAUUGUGUAUAUUCUUGAAAGCCAUAAAUUCAAAUGUAAAGAUUAUACGACGUGCAAAGGCAGAGGAUAUUGUUGCCACUACAGUUAGUACUAUGGUAGAUAUCGUUGUCAUACUGGACAUGAAAGUUUGCAUAGUGCCUAAUAAUUUCGGUUCCGAAAAAUCGACUCAAAUCCCUUGA